GUUGCCAAAGAAAUGCAUGUUGAGACAGAUGGCACACUUUUCAUCAUCGCAUCAUCAUUUCAUCCUGAACAAGCUUGAUGUUUUGUUCAAAUCUGUCAAGGAAUUGUGAAAAUAAGUAACAAAGGGAGGCUACUGCCACUGUGGUCAAGAUGGAGUACACAUUUAGAGCCGUAACUCACUCUCCUGGGAUUAUAAUCUGGAGAAUUGAGAAAAUGGAGCUUGUUCCAGUUCCUGAGAAGUCAUAUGGACACUUUUAUGAGGGUGACUGCUAUGUUCUUCUCUAUACCCAGAAAGUGAAAAGCGCCCUGCACUACGACAUCCACUUCUGGAUCGGCUCACGGUCCUCUCAGGAUGAACAAGGCGCAGCGGCCGUUUACACCACGCAGCUGGAUGACUUUUUGGGUUCGAUGCCGGUCCAGCACAGAGAGGUUCAAGACCACGAGUCCGAUGUGUUCAGGGGCUACUUCAAACAAGGAAUAAUCUACAAGAAAGGCGGCGUUGCAUCGGGCAUGAAGCACACUGAAAGCAACACCUACGACAUAAAGAGGCUGCUUCAUGUCAAAGGGAAGAAACGGGUGGUCGCCAAGGAGGUGGCGCUGUGCUGGAAGAGUUUCAACCUCGCCGACGUGUUUUUAUUGGACACGGGUAAGGCCAUCAUCCAGUGGAAUGGGCCGAAGAGCAACAAACAGGAAAGACUGAGGAGUAUGUUGUUGGCCAAAGACAUCCGAGACAGAGAGCGGGGAGGUCGGGCGGAGAUCAAGGUCAUCGAGGGCGAUGCGGAGGACAACUUCGCUGAAGACAUGAAGAUUCUGACCGGCGUUCUCGGGGAGAGAAGCGUCAAGCUGACUGAUGGACUUCCUGAUGAAAACCAUUACCAGGAACAAAUGGGCAAAGUCACUCUUUACCAUGUGUCAGAUGCCAAAGGUCAGAUGCAAGUAACAGAGGUCGCGGGGAGGCCACUUGUUCAGGAACUGCUCAACAGUCACGACUGCUACAUCCUGGACCACGGUGGCUCAAAGGUAUUUGUUUGGAAAGGGAAAAAGGCAAAUAAAGCUGAGAGACAGACGGCCAUAUCCAGAGCUUUGGAGUUCAUCAAGGCAAAAAACUAUCCCAGCACAACCAAUGUGGAGGUCAUGAAUGACGGCGCCGAGUCGGCUCUUUUCAAGCAGCUCUUCCACACGUGGACCGUGAAGGACCAGACUCAAGGCCUUGGCAAAGUACACACAAAGGGGAAAGUUGCUUCUGUUACACAGGACAAAUUUGAUGUCUCUCUUAUGCACAUGACGCCGGAGAUUGCAGCACAAGAAAGGAUGGUAGACGACGGCACAGGUCACGUGGAGGUAUGGAGAAUUGAGAAUGUGGACCUGGUCCCCGUGGAUCCUCAACGUCAUGGCUACUUCUAUGGAGGAGGCUGUUACUUGAUCCUUUACACUUACCUGGUAAACAACAAGAAGAACUACCUGCUCUACAUAUGGCAGGGGCGUCAUGCCACACCGGAUGAGCUGGCAGCAUCUGCUCUUCAUGCCAUAGAUAUGGACCGUAUGUAUGGCGGGGCACCAGUUCAAGUGAGAGUUACCAUGGGCAAAGAACCGAGACACUUUUUGUCCAUUUUCAAAGGAAAAAUGGUCAUCUUUGAGGGGGCCACAUCCAGAAAAGGACUUUCUGACCCAGACCCACCAGUAAGGCUGUUCCAGGUUCACGGUUAUGAGGCCUCCAAUACAAAAGCCAUUGAGGUUCCAGCACUGGCCACCUCUCUCAACUCCAACGAUGUGUUUGUGCUCAGGAGUCAGAGCGUACUUUAUUUGUGGUGUGGAAAGGGAGCGAGUGGAGAUGAGAGGGACAUGGCAAAGGAGAUCGGCUCCGUCAUAGGACACAACUCGGAGGGCACCCAUGCCCAGAUUGUUGCGGAGGGUCACGAGCCUCUAGAAUUCUGGGACCUGCUCGGAGGCCAGGCUCCAUAUGCCAAUGACAAAAGGCUGCAGGAGACCGUUUUGGACCACGAACCACGCCUGUUUGAAUGCUCCAAUAAAUCGGGACGUUUCAUCAUGACCGAGGUGACCCAAUUCACACAAGAUGACCUCAAUGAAGAUGAUGUCAUGUUAUUAGACACAUGGGACCAGGUGCUUCUAUGGCUCGGCAACAACGCCAACAAGGUAGAACGCAAAGAGGCAGUGGUGAGCAGUCAGGAGUACUUGCGCUCGCAUCCAGGUGGUAGAGAUCCUGAAACCCCGAUCGUCUUAAUCAAGCAAGGGUUCGAGCCUCCCACCUUCACAGGCUGGUUCACCGCCUGGGAUCCUUACAAAUGGAGUGUAAGCAUUGAAAAAGAAAAGGAGGGGAAGAGCUACGAGCAACAGAAGAAGGAGCUAGGGAAUCUAACGUGCCCUGCUGAUGAUGUUGAUGUUCACAGCAGUGGCGAAAGUGAUGCGGGGUUUCAUUUUUUUCCUGUAGAGGUUUUAGUCAAAAAGCCGGGCAGCGAGCUGCCUGGAGAUGUUGACCCCACACACAAAGAGCGAUACCUCACUGAUGCCGACUUCUGCGACAUAUUUGGAAUCACCAAAGACCAAUUUGCAGGCCUCCCACGUUGGAGACAGCUCAACUUGAAGAAAGAAAAGGGCCUCUUUUGAUAUAAUUCUAGCUUCACAUCACACUUCCCGUAUAGCCAACUAUUGAGCUAAUCCACAUACACUUCAAUCAUAAUGGGCUUUUCUGUUCUGAUGGCAGACUUUACUGUUCUUAGUGUGCCAGAGGUUUACCUCGACCUGCCUUCAUCUGAAGCUCUUUUUUGCCACCUGCUGGGCAUAAUUUUACAACACGGCCAGCUAAAAGAUUAGUUUUGUUGGAAAUGGAUACAUUGAUAGAUUUAGUGACAUAAUAUGUAAUUAACAUUUUGUCAUACUUCUGGCGGAGGUUCUGUACUUUGUUGCCUGCUUAAAACAUUUGACAUGAAAGCAAAACCAUCAUAAACAAAACAAUCUUAAA